CUUCUGUAGAGACUUCCUUUGUGGACCUUCUAUUGGGGCAACUCACUGUUGACCAUCUGCUCAAGCUCCUUCCUUGGAAUCUAUUCUUCUGUCGCCCAGCCAUGAGUCAGGCAGAAAUGUCCACCUGCUCCAUGCCCCAUACCCAGCGGGUCUUCCAGGAGGCCGUGCGCAAUGGCAACACCAAGGAACUGCACUCCCUUCUCCAGAACAUGACCAACUGCGAGUUUAACGUCAAUUCCUUUGGCCCAGAGGGCCAGACUGCUCUUCACCAGUCUGUGAUCGAUGGGAACCUGGAACUGGUGAAACUGUUGGUAAAGUUUGGGGCAGAUAUCAGGCUGGCAAACAGGGACGGAUGGAGCGCGCUCCACAUAGCCGCUUAUGGUGGGCACCAAGACAUUGUCCUCUACCUGAUCACUAAGGCCAAAUACUCCUCCAGCAGCCGAUAACCGAGGUGGCGGAGUGAGUGCAGGACUCAGACACAUUCCAACACUCCCUGUCCUUGUGUGUAUGUGUGAGUGUGCUAGUGUGGUGGGGGGGAGUGCAAAUUGGAUCAAUUCUCUUUCAUUUUUCUUCCCCUUUAAUUGUCUUAAUGAAUUUUAACAGCUGCUUCAGUUCUUUGUAUUGCGAGCCCCCCAUUUCCAUGAUACCCCCCUCCUCCUUAAAUUUGUAAAUGGGGUAAAGUCUGCAUUCGUCCGGGGGGGGGGAGUUCAAGGUACAACGGAGAGAUUGUGGGUUUUUUUUUAAUUUCUUGCCUUUUAUUUUUCUUACUUGACAUGGAAAAGCUGCUCUAGACCCUCCCCCCAGUCUGUAGGAAGGUUUGAGGGGGGGGGGCUGUAAAGAAAUAUUUUUUUUUGGAGAAAAAAAAAUCACUUUUUUAAAACUUCCUUUUCUCAUCUACCUCGGCGUUCUUGUACAGUGUUGCCCCCACAGGACGUAGAUACUGUAUGUUGCACUUCAGUACCCUCCCCCAUAAAACACAGCUUCAUGACCUCUGUGGAAUAUGGGUUUAAAUAGAAAAAAAAACGCUGAACAUUUCAGGAAGGGAUAAAAAUAACCCCCACCCCUCUUUUUUUAUAAGAAAAAUAUCCCUUUUAUGGAAGCUUUCUUAAAGGCAAAGCAACAGGUUGCAGUUGACCACCCAAUCUGGGCUUUUAGGAAUAUUUUUAUAUAGAUAUAUAUAUUUUUGUGAAGGGGGCACUUCUGUUUUGCACAGUAGCAAUGGCGCCACCUGCUGUCUGAAAGUUACUUGGGAACUGACCUGUCGACUACUGAUCUGCCUUUGUGUGUGUACGCGCAGUGGGGGGGUGUUGUUUAUAGUGUGACUAUUUAGAGACAGAACUGUGAUGCUGCUUUAAUUAAAGGAAAUGAGAAUCACUGGGGUUCAGUUAUGGAUGAGAUAGCAGAAGAAGGGUCACCCCAAUAGCUGUCUGUACUACACCUGUACCUCCCAUUAACGUGGGUUCUGCUUUAUAUCCAAAGGGAUGGGUUUAACAGGUUAAUGGACCUGGUCCAAAUGUGGGGUCCACUCCAUAGGUUGGUGCUUGGGGGGGUUGUUUCUUCCCUUUAUUUUUCAGGGGAAGAGAUGUAAAUGAAAUGAGCCGGCUUAUCAGAGCCUUGCCCUAUAAUAGGUGUUUUAUACCAAGACUGGGGGUGCAAACGCUUAUAAUCUUUCAAGACAAUCCAGAAUUGCCUCAAUUCAUCAAUAGUGGGCUCCAACCUCCCCCCGUUCUCCGUACGCAGGAAAAAAUCGAGGAGGAAAAGGAAAAAAAAAACUGUAUUGAAGGGGGGACCCCCUUUUAUUUAAUGUGUCUAUGUGACUAGACUGGCGAUAUUAAAGGGAGCACAUACUGGUGCUUCUGUGAGUAUAAAAUGGGAAGGGUUAAAUGAAAAGACAAUAAAGUGGUGGGGGGGGUUGGGAGGGAGGAUUUUUUUAUGUAAAAAAAAAAAAUACAGCUUGUUGCACAUUGUGUUAGUGGAUCUGCCACAAUUUAAUGUCAUAAUAUUUAUGAUGUGAAUAUUCUGUGUUCAUCUCAAGGGUUUCAAGCCACUCCCACUUUUAAAGGGGAACUUCAUUUUUUUUUAUAUAUGAAUUAUUCCACUGUGAAGCAUCUUCCUUGCAGGCACCCCUGCCAUAUGGUGUCUAGAGCCAUUUCUGCCACCACUGGGCACCGGCAGGUGCCCCACCCACAGAGAGCGGCGUCUUGUCCGUUCUGGGUCCUGUCCCCAUUUCAUUCUGUUAUUUCACUGAAAUCCUUGGGAUGAGCAGGACGCCGUGGCUGAAAUCUACUCCAGAAAGGAGUUAAUGUACGUUUGCUUGUAUCCCAGCGCCAGACUUUAUAAAAACAAACCAUUUCUUUAAUUAUGUUAAUUAAACUUAUAGGCUUAUAUUGAAGCUGUGUUGUGAUGAACUGGAUGACGUCUGCACCAUGUGACCUGGAGUGUAUGGUGUAUAUAUAUAUAUAUAUAUAUAUAUUUAUAUAUAUAUAUAUAUAUAUAUAUUUAUAUAUAUAUAUCCUGUAGCCCAUGAAAUAAAUUCCAAGUUUUUGUUUUUUAAGAAACAAA